UAUGUAGUUGACUGGUGGGGGUGUACGAUGACAGUAUUUGUUAGAGAUCCUUGUGGUAUUGUAUGUAUUUUGAUGACAUAUGUGGCUGUGCUUUAUGCAGAUUACGUAGUAGUAAGAUGGAUUAUUCUACAGACUAUGCAAAACAGUCUUUGGGGACCAUUCCAUGUUGUACUCUUCAAUACAAUUGUUUUUCUGCUUGGGAUGGCACAUUUGAAAGCAGUUUGUUCGGACCCUGGCGUUGUUCCGUUACCUCAGAACAGAGUCGAUUUUUCUGACAUUCAUUCAGGGUCACAGAAUUCACUACAGCGAGAGGAUUGGACUGUGUGUACAAGAUGUGAAACCUACCGACCACCAAGAGCGCAUCACUGUCGAAUUUGCAAACGUUGUAUACGCAGAAUGGACCAUCAUUGUCCAUGGAUAAAUAAUUGUGUUGGAGAGCAAAACCAGAAGUAUUUCAUCCAGUUCCUGGUUUACGUUGGUGCCCUAGCAGCGUAUGCAAUUAUUCUUGUGAUAGUUUCAUGGGUAAUGGAUUGCCCAGAAUGCAGUAAUGAAGUGACAGUAAAGCAGAGUAGAAUCUUACACUGUGUGAUACUUGUGGUGGAAAGUGCCCUGUUUGGAAUGUUUGUGUCUGCAAUCUUGGUGGAUCAGUUUCAAGCGAUAUUCAGUGAUGAGACAGCAGUGGAACAGGUGCAGCAGCAGGGUCCAUAUAGACCCCAUAAACACAAAUGGGCACUUCUCACGGAAGUGUGCGGCCGCAGUCAUCCUAUCUUUUGGCUGCUGCCGUGUGCCAGUGUACCUAAACACUUGGAAGAGCCAUUGCUCAACCACACUGUCUGAAAUUGUGUGUACUGUGACGUGAAGUGUUUAAACUGGAUAUUUGUUAUGUUGCUUUAUAAUUUAAAUUUGCCGGGUGAUUGCAGUGAUAAUCUGGAGCAUAUUUCAUUAACUGGAUGAAUAAUGUUUUAAAAGUGCUAUUGUGAGUCAUAUGGCUGAGAGUAUAUUAAGAUUUUAAUUUGUUAUUAUCAUUUGUGAUGUGAUCCAAAUGGUUUUUUUAAUUUCUUUGUAUGUGAAGGAGUCAAGAUAAUCCUUUUUUAUUUAUUAAUGUUGUUAAUAAGUUACAUUUAUUUAUUGUUUUAUAGCACAUUGUGAUAUAAUGUUGCCUUGAUGUGUAACUUGGAACAAGGUAACUAAAAGUUUCCAGGAGAGAUGAUUGGUUUGUGUGUAUUAUUAACGUGUCAUGAAUUCAUGAGCUAAAACAGUGAACAGGAAUUCUGUUACCUUUAAAUAAUUUAUAUCCUGUCUGUGUGUGUGUGUGUGUGUGUGUGUGUGUGUGUGUGUGUGUAAAAGGGGGGAGGGGGGUGAGAGAGGAUGAAUCAAUAUGACACAUAUAUUCAUGGAACUACUUUAAAUUUUCAACUGUCUGCAUUGUACACAAUAUGUAUUAUGAAAGUUGAAGAAAAAGCAAUUGUAUGUUUGCUGUAACGUUAUCUUUUAUCUUCUGUUGUAGGUGCAAAAUGUUCUCUUUUACUUCUUGAUCAUCCCAUGAAAGUAGCAUGAAAAUUAAGGAGAAAAGUAUUACUCUUGCUUAAGUAUGUUGUUUAGUGAUUUAAGUGUGACAAUAAUUCUGUAACACUGCAGGCUAUGUUUUUUGUAUGAUAAUGGUAUUCUGUUGUUUUGUGCAAAUCUGAAUUGUAUUUAUUACCUUGAUGCUUUACCAGAGCAUGAGAGAAUUUUUUUCCAGAAACUAUGCAUAUUGCACAGAGCCAUAUCUUCUAAUAGACACAGUUAGUCAGUCUAAAUUCAUAUUGUUGUUGAAAAUGACAUAAUUAUUUAAUCUUCACCAUUAUUAUGUUCACUGCUCACUUAUUUUAUUGGAAGACUGCCAUACGUGUUUAAUUUUGUACUGAUAUUCUAUAGUCCUAAACAAACAAAUAGAAUUUUUGGCUUGCCAUAUUAUGUAUCUGAAUUAGAGAUGUAAUGAAAAGUACAUCCUGUACAUUUGUAAUGUCUACUUUUUUGUAGUUGACUAUUGCACUCUUCAGAGCAAAGAUCUUAGUAGGAAAACAGCUAUUUUGUGGACUCAACUAAAUCAUAGUUAAAGGCUUCCGUCAUGUUUCAGAAUACUGGUUUUAGGGCUUCUAUUGUUUCUCUUAGCAAUAAAUAAAGAAUUGUAUGUUCAUCAGCAGCUGAAUAAGUGAUGUGCUUUCAAACAAAUACUUACAAAAAAGAUACGAAAUUCAAUCAAAAUGAAAAGUAACGUUCCCCAUCUAUCUUUUGCUUACUUUUCCAUAUGAUGUGGUAAAACACUUGGGCAGGUUUUACGUCUGGUUAGCAAUAUCAUUAUCUUUGGUCUUUGUUUGGAAUGAGGGACUUAUUACCAUAUAUUUUGGCACCUUAAACCCUGCUCAACCAAUCCAUCCCCAACCUGCUGCACUUUGUGUCUGGCCUUUUUUUCUGUUUCUCUGUCUUUCUCCUCCUGUCUUAAGUUUUUCUUUUAUUGCAUUUUAUUCAUUAUAAUUUUCACUGCCAAGGCAUUUUGUUUUCAGACUUUUCAAGAGAAUUCAGUUGUUUGGAAAAAACUUGAUUAUUCUUUUUUCUGUAAAUGUUAAAAUUCCAUCACUGCAAUUUAAUGAGUCAAAUUGUAGUAGUCUCAAAAGUUGUUAAUUUAUGUACUACCUUUUACAACACUUCUGUAUUCAUGGUAACUGAAAAGUAAGUCUGUUAAUAGUCUAUGAAAGGAGAUUACUUAUUUUCCAUGUUAUUUAUCCUGCUUUUUAAAUAUGUAUUAACCUUUGGUUGCAAAAGUUUGAAUUUUGUGUAUGUAUGUUUGUGUUUGUUUGUGUGUCUAUCGACCUGCCAGCACUUUCGUUAGAUAUAUUAACCUAAUGGCCUUGAUGAAGAAAUGUUAAAAGCUUCUUUAUUCCCAUUCUGGCCUCUUUAUAUCAUACUGUCUCUAAUCACCUUUGUAAUCCUUCAGUACACUUCAUUGACUCCUACAUUCACUUUUCUUUAACACAGUGUGCAGCAGUUUAUUCUGUAAAAUGUCAAGUGCUUCCUUUGUAGGCCUAAAGUAAAGGGGAAACAUACAGUACAACUACUGCGUAAAAUGUGUGAUAUGCAAUUUGAACGUAAAAGAUUUGAUUUAUUUUUGUCAUUCUUACUCCACAGUUUUCAGAUGUGUAUUGAAUGAUGGUAUUCUUGUUCCAACACUGUAAAGUUAUUAACAAUGACAUUUAUUUAGAACAAUCUGUUGUCCAGUUUUGAUUGUAGAGCCAUUUUUGCGUAGACUUGUAAUGACUGUUCACCUGCAAGAACACGGGAAAUGGCCAAAAGGGGCCAAUAGCUACUAUCAGUAAUUUUACAGUCUUGUUGCAGCAGUAUUGUCAUUCAGUACAAAAUUUAUCGAGCUUAUCUAUUACAUAAUUUUGAUUAGUUUAUUUUCUAUAAAUCAGUGCUAGUGAAUUCACUGCAGUGCUACAGAUAGGAUUUCCAAAGUGAACAUGUGAUGACAAAAGUUUUAAUCAGUUAUACGAUUCUAUAUCUUUAAAGAUAUUUAGCAUUAUGUAAUGGUGACUCACUUUAUGCAAGGAACAGCCUCUAUAACGAACUUUCUACAUAAGUGUAACUGAAAACUUGUUCUCGGUGGAUAGUAAUGCUUUUCUGUUAAAUUAUAGCAUAUUCGUCAUGUCAAAAGCUCCAUUGUAAUUUAAUUUUUUUAGUUUUGAUGUUAGAGCAAAUUGAAUGCAUGUGUUAAAGGUUGCAUAAUUUUCAGUCACCAUAAAGUACCUGUUUGUUCAUUGUUGCUUAAUAAUAUUGGCAUGUACAAAGUUUUCAGCAGUUAUUGAUGUUAGCAGUUACCCUUAACUUUUAUGUAACAUAUGUGAAACAUUCCAGUAUGACUUGGACUUGGAUGUAGAAAAGUGAAAUAAUGUGGUUUACUGGAUUAUACUCAGGAUAUUAACUCAUAUUCUGCUAAUGGCAGCCAGACAUUAGUUUGAGAGCAAUCCUGCUUUUUCACUGUAAAAACUUUUUGUCAUUUUACAAAUUGUGGAGAGAAUAAUGUAUUUGUUAAUGCAGAUGCACAGCCUAAAGGUAUUUUCCGAACAUAAAACCCUGUAUAAUUGCUUUUGCUGUGUGCAUUGUCAUCUAUACCUUAACAUUUAUUAUAUAAGAACAUGAAUAUGAAACUAAAAAUAUUCAGAUAUGCAUGUUCGAUCACUGUUUACUUCAAUUUUGGAGAGAAUCAAUUUUGAUGUGUAUAAUAUUAUGUGCAUGCUCGCCUUGUAGAUUCUGAUGUUUUAUUGUUUGUAUAUGUGCAAAACAAUUUGCUUUGUUCAUAGCAUUUCAUAUUUACCAGUUACUUUUUAAAAAAGAGUGCAUGGGAAGUAUGAUAUUAAUUUAUCAUCAGUAUUAUGUACUGAAAACUCAGUUUUAUACUUCAUAUUUAUUUUAUGAGACUGAAAUGAGAUAUGCAUAUUUGGGCUUUAUAAA